CGUGUGCAGGGAAUAAGAAUCAGGGAGGGACGCCUGGUGACAUUUCAUUUUUAUUAUUUUGUAUCUUUUUAUUGUUUGUCCCGGGCUCACAUGUCCUGGUACAAUGGACUGGACGUGUCCGGUGACAGCGAAGUGAGCCGUCCUGCUGAUUUCUUCUACAAAAGAGGAUUUUCUGAGCUAUAAUUUGGAACGCCUUUGCCCGAGGAUUAACAGGAAAAUGACCCUUGAGGACGAUCGGAACCUGUGCGGAUUAGUUUCUUCUCCCAGAAAAAGAUCUCAAUAACUUCCAGUUAAUAUGAGGCGGUCGGAGCAGUCAGUUGGAGGUGUCCUUCUGGAUCUGUCUGGAGUUAGUUCUCCCACUCUUCUGUGCCAAUGUGCAGCAAGGCACCCUCUGGUUUUGGGCAGUGCCAUCUAGGUGCUCUUCACCUCUCGCUAUCAAAAUGAUGAAGUUAAAAGCGUUCUGUCUGGAUUAUUGGCAGUUUUUGUGUCUUCAACCCCUCCAUGGGCUCUACAAGAGGUACGACAUUGUUGAAGGAGAGGUCCCUGGAAGUGAAACUGGCGCUUCUUUAGACGGCUCAUCGGGCUACCACCAAGGAGCUAUAACACACAGCUCAUCUAUAAGCCCCGACCAGUACGACCAUCCUUCGUAUGGGAUUUAUUCAGUGUCCCCUGGACAGCGGUCACGGAGACCAAAACUACAGCAUUCCACAUCUAUUCUGCGGAAACAGGCCGAGGAGGAGGCUAUCAAACGCUCAAGAUCACUCUCUGAGAGCUAUGAGCUGUCUUCAGACUUGCAGGACAAGCAGGUGGAAAUGCUGGAGCGCAAAUAUGGAGGCCGUCUCAUAACCAGACAUGCAGCACGCACUAUCCAAACUGCCUUCCGGCAAUAUCAGAUGAACAAGAAUUUUGAGAGGCUUCGAAGUUCCAUGUCCGAAAACCGCAUGUCGAGACGGAUUGUUUUGUCCAAUAUGAGAAUGCAGUUCUCCUUUGAAGGACCAGAGAAAGUCCAUAGUUCCUAUUUUGAAGGAAAGCAGAUGUCUCUGUCAAACGAUGGCGCAAAAGUAGGGCACCGGAUUGUGCAAUCGGAUUGUGGGGAUCUCGCCGAGCAGACGUCACUUAAAUCUCCUGCUGCAUCCAGCGAUUUUGCUGAUGCCAUCACAGAACUAGAAGAUGCUUUCUCCAGGCAGGUCAAGUCCCUUGCAGAAUCUAUCGAUGAUGCUUUGAACUGUCGUAGUUUACAUGGUGAUGAAGUCCAAGCAUCUGAACAAGUUAGAGGUCGGGAAUUAGAAAGAAGUAGUCAGAUUAAGCCAGCACAUAACCUUGAUCACAGGAAACUUGAUGAAAUGACGGCAUCUUACAGUGAUGUUACCCUCUAUAUUGACGAGGAAGAACUCUCCCCUCCUCUUCCUCUUUCUCAGUCUGUGGACAGGCCGUCCAGCACAGAAUCUGACUUGAGACUCAGAUCAAUGAACUCUUCUCAAGAGUAUUGGUCCAUGACUCAUAAGGAUGAUAAGUUAGAUACAGAUACUAGCUGUCGGAGCACCCCAUCGCUGGAGUGCCAGGACCAUCGGUCAAGAAUAGACCAUCUUCCUUUGCUUACCAUUGAGCCACCUAGUGACAGUUCAGUAGACCUUAGUGAUCGUUCUGAAAGGGGAUCUAUAAAAAGACAGAACGUGUAUGAAAGAGGGAUUCACAGUCAGCAAGGGAGUCCCAAACAUAUCACCCAUAUUCCAACCAAAAUCAUCCCUAGGGAGGAUGACCAAAGCCGCCACCGGCCAAGGCCUAUUGAUGCGCAGUUGAUAAUUAAUGGAACUGUAAACAGACAGAGUAAAUCGGAAUCUGAUUAUUCGGAUGGCGACAACGACAGCAUAAAUAGCACUUCUAAUUCCAACGAUACAAUAAACUGCAGCUCAGAGUCUUCCAGAGACAGUAUCCGGGAGCAGACCCUGAGCAAACAGACCUACCACAAAGAGACACGCAACAGCUGGGACUCACCGGCAUUCAGUAAUGACGUGAUCAGGAAAAGACAUUACAGGAUCGGGCUGAACCUUUUCAAUAAAAAACCUGAAAAGGGGAUCCAGUAUCUCAUUGAACGAGGCUUUGUACCAGACACCCCAGUCGGAGUGGCUCAUUUUCUCUUGCAGAGGAAGGGACUCAGCCGCCAGAUGAUCGGAGAGUUUCUGGGCAACAGGCAGAAACAGUUCAACAGAGAUGUCCUUGACUGUGUGGUUGAUGAGAUGGAUUUUUCAGCCAUGGAGUUAGAUGAAGCUCUCAGGAAGUUCCAAGCUCAUAUACGGGUCCAGGGAGAAGCCCAGAAAGUGGAGCGACUCAUUGAAGCCUAUAGCCAGAGGUAUUGCAUCUGUAACCCGGGUGUGGUCAGGCAGUUCCGGAAUCCAGACACUAUCUUCAUCUUGGCAUUUGCCAUCAUCCUUCUCAACACUGACAUGUAUAGCCCCAAUGUGAAGCCUGAGCGAAAGAUGAAGCUGGAGGAUUUUGUGAAGAAUUUAAGAGGUGUGGACGAUGGUGAGGACAUCCCACGAGAGAUGCUGAUAGGCAUUUAUGAGCGCAUCCGAAAGCGUGAACUCAAGACUAAUGAAGAUCAUGUAUCUCAAGUUCAGAAGGUUGAAAAACUUAUUGUAGGCAAGAAGCCGAUCGGAUCCCUACACCAUGGACUUGGCUGUGUCCUUUCCUUACCACACCGGAGGCUGGUCUGCUAUUGCCGUCUUUUUGAAGUCCCUGAUCCAAACAAACCCCAAAAACUUGGUUUACAUCAGAGAGAAAUCUUCCUGUUCAAUGACCUGCUAGUGGUAACAAAAAUCUUCCAGAAGAAGAAAAACUCUGUAACCUACAGCUUCCGGCAGUCAUUCUCCCUCUAUGGAAUGCAAGUUAUGCUGUUUGAAAAUCAGUACUACCCAAAUGGCAUCCGACUCACAUCAGCAAUUCCAGGAGCAGACAUUAAAGUGCUCAUAAACUUCAAUGCACCAAAUCCUCAAGAUCGCAAGAAGUUCACAGAUGACUUGAGAGAAUCCAUUGCAGAAGUUCAAGAAAUGGAAAAAUACAGAAUAGAGUGUAAGUACAAAGCGGAGCUAGAGAAGCAGAAGGGAGUGGUGCGUCCUAGUAUGUCUCAAUGCUCCAGUUUGAAGAAAGAGUCUGGUAACGGCACAUUGAACAGGACAUGCCUAGAUGACAGCUACGCCACUGGCGAAGGACUAAAGCGCAGCGCUCUCAGCAGCUCCCUCCGAGAUCUGUCAGAAGCAGGCAAGCGUGGGCGGCGCAGCAGUGCAGGAUCGCUAGACAGCAAUAUGGAAGGGUCCAUCAUUAGCAGUCCUCACAUGCGUCGACGAGCCACCUCAACACGGGAAUGUGCCUCUCGCCAGAGCUUACCUAAUUCUUCCUCCCUCCUAGGUUCUUUAUUUGGUAGUAAGAGGGGGAAGCCAUCUUCCCAAAGCCAUCUCGUGGGUGGACAAGCGCAACAGCAACAUCCUACACUGAUCUCGCAUCAACAACAUCCAACAAGUCAUCACUCGGCACAAGCUGAGGGGCAAACGCAGGCACAAGUACACGCACAACACUCACAGUACUGCCACAUGCCACAAAACCCACCACCCUAUCACCACCAUCAUCACUACCAUCCUCCCCAACACAUCCAACCACAUCAAUACCACCCACACGGACAACAUUCUUCCCAUGCAUCGUACAUUCAGCACCCUCACGUACAGCACCCUCACUCCAGCCACCAACCAUUGCCUCACUCUGGGCACUCAGCACAUUCCCAGCAUGCACAGCACCAUCACUCUCAGCAGGUCCCAUCUGCGUCCACAAGCGUGAAACCCAAACACAGCGGAAUUAGCACAAUAGUUUAGGUGUAUCAUUUUAAAAGAACUUCCGUCAGGGGCGAAUUAGAAUUAUUAGGAAAGAAGAAUUCAAGAGGAGGCAUAUUAUUUAUUAUUUAAUUACAAUAUAGAGGUAGCAAGUCAAUAGAAGAACGGUCUAGUAGCUGCAUAAAAAACAAGUAAAAACUCUCAGCACUGGCCUGGUUCAUACUACUACUUAGCUAAUACUCUAGUUAUACUGCGUGUGUGUACACAGGUACAUUUAGCAUCCUAUUAAUACCGUAUAUUGCGUAGCGUGUACACAUUAGUACCUUAAAUUAUUGUACUUGAAAAACCAAUAUUUAAAUAUAUUUUCAAUUCUAGCAAUAUUGACUCGAAGGCGUUUUCACUUUCAUCUAGUUUGUAGGAAGAGUAAAUAUAUGAAGCGGUUGCAGUAUUUUCCUAAAAUCAAGCAAUCCCUAAUAAUAUGUGCCAAUUAUCAUAACAGUUUCUGUAUCUGUCUUAUGCUACAGUUCGCUUGUACAAAAGGAUAAAUUAUUCUUAUUGCAAAAAGAGAAAACAAAAUCAAAAUACCCUACUACCGAUCAGUAUUAUGCUGUCUUCUUCCAGGUAGCAGAGAACCCCCUGCAAUUUAUAGAGUAACUGACCAUUGACCAUCCCAAUUCUCGGACACUUUAACGGCUGUAAGAACUGUGAAUUUUCAUUACCUACCUUUUUAUAUACAUAUAAAUAUAUAUAAAUAUAUAUACAUACGAUUUGUAAACACAUAAAACUAGAUGUGUGUUUCAUGUACUUGCAUAAUACAGCGUUCAUGGACCCUCUCUCCAUCGUCUGCAGUGUCUUGCUGUCACCGUUCAUUUUGAUUUUAAAACUAUGAGCAAAACAUUUGAAACCUUUUUAUAGCAGAGAAUGUAUUUUCAGACUUUUUUAGCAGUGUUUUUUCAUUUGUUAUUUUUUUUUCUAAGUUGUCUUUAUUUUCAAAUUGGCAAGUGCUACUGAAUGGAGAUUUCAGUACAACGGUUUAUCCCACCAACCCUACGGAUCUCAGUUCCUGAGAGUGUCUGCUCUUGGUCUAUGUCACCCAUCCCCGUUACAGUUUCUUCUAUCCAGAGUUGCUUGGUGUCAUCUCGUUGCUUUUUCCCGCAUUUCAUUGUGGCCCCAGGAGUAAAUUGUAUUUAGACACAUUUCCCGGGAUAUUAACAUCACAAACCAAUCUUUUUCACUGUGAUGACAGGAUCAACUGAACCAAUGGAUUUCUUUUCUGCACCUUGCCCAUUUCCUAUUCCUUAUUGAUACCAGCAGAAGCGAAAGACUUUGUGUCACUCUUCGUAGGCCCGUAAGAGCAUAGAGCUUUUAGAGGACCUAGCUGCACAUGUCUGACAUGUACGUUGCUAAGCCUCCUGCCAUUAAAAGGUUAACUCCUAGAACAGUUUGGGCCUAAUUUCUGUUCCUGUGAGAAGCAGAGACAGUGCCUUGUAGAUUAUACAAUGCUAUUGUGAGAGGUGGAGACUGUUACUUUUACUUUGUAUGUUCUGUAUAAAACCAUAGUCCUGGAUUUCCAGGGAAUGUUACAAGGAUUUUAAGCAUAAACCUCAGUGUUUGUUCAUUAUCUUCAUUUAAUGGCUCCAAUUCACCAAAACAGCCUGGUUAGGUUAAUAUCUUGCAUUUAUGACAUCUUCAUCGAGACCCUUAAAGAACAGCAAAGUAUCGAGUACUGGAACUAUGUAGAGAAAGACACCUCAGUGGAGCCUUAAUGAUUGCUCGCUGCUUCCUUAUUGACUAGGGACUGCUCCGAGAAGACAAUCUGGUUCUUCAAGGAUAAAACCUAUUUUGAUUGGCUGCAUAGCGAAAAGAGAAGUCAUUGUGUUGCCCAUCUCGUCCAAUAAACCAAAUAAAAGCUUCGAUUUGAUUGGCUGAUUGAACAGCUUUAUAAUUGCACACUUACAGUCCCUUACCGGUCCUACGUCACGGUAGUCUAUAGAGUUACAUGCAAAUCAUAAGCUGCUUGUUACCUGUAGAGGCCGUUCUUCGCAGGUUAUCCCAUCACAUUGUACACUGCAGAGGUCAUUUCCCUUACAAAAUAUUCCUGAAUUGAUCGCGUGUUUAAAUCCACAGCUCCCAUUCACGUCAAAGGCUCCGUUCUGUUCCUCACAGGCUAUAGAACUUACUAGUAAGGCAAAAAUACCAGUUUUGCAUGUAAUCUAUAGUACAUAUUCUGAUGUUACAUUCUAAAUAGUGUAUAUUUGCAGAAUAUAUCAGUAUUAUUGUUCAUAUUAGCCGAGGUAAGGUGAUAACAUAUUACGAUAUGUAGCCUUCCCUUCUUACCUCUGUACUUUAUAGUAGAAAUGAUCUGUAAUUUAUAUAUUAUUCCAGGAAAGAGGAGACAUGGCAUAUUGGUUAUACUGGUAAUAAGGGUUCAUUCAAACACCUACCAGUAGAAGAGAACCUGUCAUGUCUGAUCUGCAGGCAGCAGGUUAUAGAGCAGGAGGAGCUGAGCAGAUGCAGAGUUUUGAGGGAAAAUAUUUAGAAUAACUUGUCAUUUUUAAGUCUAAUUCCUGCUCAUUCUGGGCUAAGGAGUCCAGUGGGUGGUCCUUAUCAGUGACUUACUGCUAUCUGUGUGUACACAGAAGGUUGUCAGUCACCGAGUAGGACCUCCCACUGGACUCCUAACCCCAAAUGGUGCAGACAUUUUAAUGAUCUCUACUGAAACUUUUGGCCCCCAAAACUAUAUAUCAGUCUGCACAGCUCCUCCUGCUUAUAACAUGCUGCCUUUUACAUGACAGGGUCCCUUAAAGUGAACAAGGCUAAAAGAAAUUGUACAUGGCACAAAACCAGGGUGGGGUUUCAUUAACGUAGACACUAUUCUUUUUUUUAAUUUAUGUCUCCAUAAGCACACUACUUCCAUAUGGAAAAUGCUAACAUAGGACACUAAACCAGAGAAUUUUAGUCCUGAAACCUAUAUCCCCGUAGUAGGAGCUGCUGGCCAUCUCCAUAUCUCAAUUGGAGGAUCCAAACAAGCUGGUGCCAAUUGGAAAUCCUUAAGAGUCUGCACCACAGGUUGCUAACCAAUGGCAUAAGCAUAUUCAAAACAUUGCGAGGAUCAAAAAUAAAUUUUACGCACAGUAGUUUGAAGGCCUCCUUGAUAAAGGGUUAGGUUGUAAUUUAUAGGGCGUCUGUCAGAAGAUUUGUCCCUAUGACACUGGCUGACCUGUUACAUGUGUGCUUGGCAUCUGAAGGCAUCUGUGUUUGUUCCAUCUUCAUAUGUGCCCGCAUUGCUGUGAAAAAUGAUGUUUUCAGA